AUGGAACGCGUUUCCAAAGAGAAUUCAGCCUUGCUGCAGGAGUUGGCCAAGCUCAAGGCUUCACAAGCAGCGGCAAGCUCUACCAUCCCUAGUACGAUCCAAACUCCAGCGGCUGUGGUCGUGGUGAAAGAGGAAUCGUCUCGACCUGAGGUGUCGAAAGCUGUCUCUGAGGACCCUGUGGCACCCCCUCCCAACUCAUCGCGCAACACGUCAAUUUGGGAGUUGACUUUCCCGGUGAAAGGCUCGAGACAAGCCGUUGUUGUCCAAGUGUCGCGGAAAUCCACGUGCGAGACUUUGUGCGAGUCUAUCGCCGAGAAGUUAGACGUCGCCGACGCAAGGAUCGUCUUGCGUGACAAUAGCACAGGUGCAAUGGUCCCUCUAGAGGCGUUGUCAAACGAACUCCAAGACCUGUACGGCAGGGGUGCUUUAGAGUUAGAAGUGCUGCAAGGGCAUGUACUAUCCGACAACGCGGUGGACGGACUGGUGGAAUUCUACGAGAAGAACGUGCCAAUUCAAGCCAAGGAGUCUUCGGUGGUGGGACAGUCUAUGGCCGAGAUCGAUUUGGCUGCCAAACGGCACGUCAACGUCGGCCAGAAGGGGAAUAGGGGCGACGAAGCUUUACUGGGACAAUGGGGAGAUCAUGCCGAAGUCGGCACUGACCACGCCGAAAAGCAGGUCGAAAGCAUCCGCGCACAGCUCUCGGCAACCCUGAUGGCCGAACGCUUCCCGGCCAACAACUUCCACCUCCCCAAGAGCGCCAGCAUCAGCCGCACCGCCCCUGGCCUGGGUCUCACCGCCAGCAGCACCCCCAAGGGCGGCACCGAUGGCCUUGGAGAAGGAGACAUAUUUGUUGAUAACGAGGGGGAGGGCCAGCUGUCACUUGCGGAGCUCGAGAGGACAGUGGAGGAGAGGAAACGGAUGAGACCACCUGGAAUGGAACGUCAGAUGGAAAGCGUGUCAAAGUCCAUGGAAAAACAACUCAACCAACUUCUGGAGGAGGCGGAGGAAGAGCUGCAGCAGCUAGAGGAAGACAGUCUCGGCUCCACCGAUCCCUCGGAAUACGCGGCUGUCCCGCCCUUAGCAGACCCCGCGCGAAACAGCAGGAGCUUCCAGGCGGUGGACGCGGAACAUGGCCACCCAUUCGGCAACUCACGCCAACAGCGGAACAGUUUCGAACCGCGCUCGAAGCGCCCGGGGGAGGGGAGGCUAGAGGACGAAGACAUUCCCAAGAGUGACUGGGGCAGGACGUUGGACACGACGGUCUCUAUCCCGGAGGGCGCGGAGGAAAGGGCUGACCAGCACGAGGCGAACGCGUCCCGUGAGCACGACCUCCAACACGGUAGUAUUUUUGGCGAUGGUGACAGCGAGGAUGCUGCACCAACGGGGAUGGCGUAGGAGAAAGGAGAUGUGGACAUGACCGCGCUUGGUGCCUUGGCGAUAUCCCGGGCAAGGAAGGAGAGGCUUAUUUUCUGUGCGAAUUUGGUGACUACGGUGGCGGGCGCCAGUCUGAAAUGAGAUAUCCGUUAUUUGGCAUAGAUGCG